AUGGGUUGUGAUCGCCCUUCGCGCGGCGCGACCGAGUCGUUCCACGAACAUCCGGCCUCGACCUUUAUGCGCCGUGGCAUCCGAGCUCUCAUCCUCACGGUCGCCAUCGUCUUAACUGUCACAGCCCCAACCGCGCUAAGCGAAAGCAGGAGCGCCAGCAGAGGCAGCAGAGACAGCAGAGACAGCAGUAAGAGUAGCGAGAGCAGCGACCUAGAUGUUUCUCAAACGCGUCUCGGGGAACGUGAAUUCGAGCACAAAGGCGGUCCAGGAAGUAGAUUACAAGACGUUGGUGCUGACGGUAGUGGUCUUGAGCUUUUUAUCCACGAAGGUAAUGCUAACCAUGAAUCAGACGACGAUUUGGAUCAGCAGUUUGGGUAUCGUGAGGGGGAUGCUGGUGGGAGUGAUUAUAAUGAGGAUGAUGGUGUUCAUGGUGAAAAUGAUGACCAGGACAAUAACGAGGAUAAUGAUGAUAGUGUGGAUAGUGAUAUUGAUGAUGGGUUUGUUGAGGAUGGAAUGGAGCAUGAAUCUGAGGAGGAUGGAGAGUUUGAAGAGCAUGAAAACGAGUCUCCUUUAGACGAGGACGUUGAAAUGGAGGGCUGGGAUGACAACGAAUUUGACGUAGAUGAUGACGUGGUUGGCGCUGACGUGGAAUAUGACGCCGGUGACAUGGAAGUUUGGGGUCCUAGCCAUUUCCUCCCCCGCCUUCUACUCCUGCGCGCCCCCCUUCCCCCCGCUCCCCCGCGCCUCCCCCUGGGCAUCCUAGCUUCCGCCACCACCCCCGCUGGCUCCCCCCUCGCCUCCAUCCCCUUCCCCCUCUGGCUCUCCAGGCUCCACGGGGGGUGGGAUUUCCCCCACAACCGCCCCUCCCCUCCCCCUCCCCCUCCUUACAAGAACGCUGGGGACGAUGUGACUGUAGCCGCGUGGCUGUUAAGAGAGUGGAGGAAGGGUAAAGACUCUUUUUAUUCCCCUUGGAUCAAUCUCCUGCCGGGGUAUGUGCCGCUGCCGGUUUUCUGGGAUGAGGCGACGCUGGGGGAGUUAGAUAGUGGGGAGGCGAUAGAGAGAGUAGAGGAGGCGAUCAGGUAUGUUGAGGAGGCGUUUUCUCUUUGUUCUGAUGAGAGUGUUGCGGGUGCUUCUACGGAUGAGUUCAAAUGGGCGGUCGCGAUUGUGUGGUCGCGAUCCGUGCCGAUCUCAGCCGUUGACUGGCAGGUGCGGUUGGGUACAUGCAGGUGCUUACAGGUUCAGGAGGGUGAGCAACCUUUCCCGAAUCUCUUCAACCACGAGUUCUACUACACGGCAGACUGGCAGCCCACCAUCCACUCCUCCACGGCUGACAUCAACAUCUUUGCUGCUGACGUCAUCUCUCCUGGCCAGCCAAUCAGCGUGGGCUAUGGCUCCAUGGACACUGCCCAGUUCCUGCUGCUUGAUACUGAAUCGGACUAUAUCGAGAGAUACCCGUGGCUGACUGGUUCGUUCGACCGAGACUCAGCCGCAGCUUCGGUAACCGCCGCAAUAGCUGCCGCGGAGGCUCGGCAGGCGGACUACACAGCCGAGCACGACUUGGAUCGGCAGCUGCUAGGCAUGGCAGCAGGGGCAGUGGCAGGUUCGGAAGCACUGGCGAUAGGCAGGGAGGGGUAUGUGGAUGCACGGCUGCUAGCCGCUCUCGCUGCGAUCGGCAUGCCGUCACAUGGUGAGUGA